AUGAGGGAUUAUUGCAGGGUGGCUGUGCAGGAAGGAAGUGGCAGCAGGAUGGGUUGGGACUGCUGGAUAAUUGGAGGUUGCUGGUUGGUGAAGAUUGGACAGGAGUUUGUCCAGGAGGUGACUGCAGUUGGGGGAGGCUGCUGGAAUGGUGGCAGUAGGUUGCAAUGGAGACUGGUAGCAGGGCAUGAAGGACUGCACGUUGCUGUAGAUGUUGGCUGCGGUAGAUGUUUGGUUCAGGAAGGACUGCAAGUGGUCUGA